UGCACUCGAGAAAAACGAACGACGCGAGCCCAGAAUGAACAGCUGCCUGGCAGACCUCAGCAAAAUUGAUCCCGACCACCUACCUGAGAAAGAACAGAGGCAGAGUCGAAAAGACCGAAAUCAUCGAGAUGGCCAUACGCCACAUCAAGUCGCUCUCUGACAGAAACAAGAGAUCAGGUUACACGAUCGGCCCGCUGGGCUGGAACGGUGGCGCCCUCCAGCAGCUCGACCUGAUCGACGGCGCCGCCGACCACAAGGGGGAGCUGGAGUCGUUCGCGCCGUCGCAGGCCGCUACGCCGUCGCCGCAGCCGCCGCCGGCGCACGCCGCGCCGAUGGCGACCUCUAUAUCGCAGGUGCUGCAGCAGUCGAUGGGAAUCGAGCCGAAGAAUUUCCAGCCGCCCGACAACGGACUAGUGCUGCACCCUAAGGGCAGCGGUGGCGGCGGCGGCGGAAUUCUCCAGCGCGAUGCGCGAUACAGCUUCGACCUUCUCACUCAGGUUAGAGAGAGGUCUCAGUCGCCGCCGACGGCGACCGCCGCACCGGCGCCCCCUAUGCUCUACUCGCCGACGGCGACCGCCGCACCGGCGCCCCCUAUGCUCUACUCGCCGACGGCGACCGAGACGAGCGACGCGGACGAGCGCAGCCGGGACUCCGCCAGGCGGCGCAGCGGGUCGGCGUCGCCGAAGAGCGACCGCACGGUGUCGCCCCCCUGCAUGCUGCCGGCGAAGCACAACCUGCUGCAGCGUUACCAUGCCGACCGAUCUAGUCCCGAGCGCGGCGUCGCCGCCGGCGCCCCCGCGCCGGCCGUCUCCAUCAAGCGCGAGUUCGACUACCGCGACGACGGCGUCGGCGGAAACAAGCGCGCAUGCCGCGGCGCCGACGCGCCCGACUGCGGCGCCCCCUACGCCGCCGCAGCGGGCAAUGGGCUGCGCGCGGCGAGCGGCGGGCGUGCGACGCCCGAGAGCUCGGUCGACGCGGCGGAGCACGGCGGCGACGGCGGCGCCACCUACCUGCCGGCGUUCGUCAUGCACCCGUCGGGCAACUACUACGUGCCGCUGCCCGUCGCCCAUGACGCAGUCGUUGCCGCGCUGCAGGCGGGCGCCGACAAGUUCGCCGUCACCUACCCAAUCAGCAUCAACGUGAAGAUCGGCACGCCGGCGCCACCUCUCGGCGGCCUCGCGAACUCUUCCGCUGCGGCGGCGGCGGCGGCGGCCGACAGGGGGCGCCACGGCGGCCCACGGUGCUUCGGAGAGAGGACGCACGACGGGUUGUAA